AUCUUCAAUUGGCUUAUUUCAGCUCUCUGCCCAUGUAAUUCAUUUGCAUCAAGUAUGCCUUCCUGCUAACAGUGAUUUAUGAUUUGACUUCUGACAGUUAUUCCAACUACAACUUUUAUGAGACCAUGAAUUCCUUUCUUUCCAAAGGUGUCUCAGGCAUGAAGAGAGACUAAGCAUGAAAAAAUUACAUUUUAUACAAGCUUAGUUAGCUACAGUGAACAGAGAUAAACUGCUUAGUGUCUUCCCUUCCAGACCCUUAAACACCUCUGCAGUCUUCCUUUCUGCACUCUCUUAAUAGUUUUAUGUCAUUUUUUGUAUUGUGGUGCCAAAAACUGCACACAGUACUCAAGAUGAGGCUGCAUCAGUGCAGUGUAGAGCAGGACAGUCCCUUGCCUUGUCUGGCUGACAGUGCUAGACCUGAUGCACUCUAGGGUACGGUUUGCCUUGCUUGCUGCCUAGGCACACUGUUGACUCACGUUCAGUUUACUAUUGAUGAAGACCUCUUUCAGUAGGGCUGCUCCACAGCAGUCAUCUCAUCUCCCAGUCUGUAUGUACAGCCAGGGUUGCCCCUCCCAGGGUGCAAAAUCCACCUUCUAGUUCUCAUCCAGUUCAUUUAAGAAAGCACCAAAGAGAAUGGAAUCUGGGGUACCCUGUUAGUGACUGGUUGCCAGCCUGAUGUUAUCCUAUUUGCUAUAAACCGUGGGCUUGACCCAUCAGCCAGUUGUUCACUCACUGCAUUAUGUUUUUGUCUAGCCAUAUACUAGACAUUUUGUCUAGAAGGAUACUGUGAGAAACAGUAUCGAAAGCUUUACUGAGUUCUAAAAGAUAACAUCAAUUGAAUUCCCUUGAUCAAAUAGUUGGGUGACCUUGUCAUAAAAGGGAAUUAAGUUACUUAAACAGGACUUUCCCCUCAUGAACCCAUGUUGACUACAAGAAAUGACCACAUUUUCCUUCAGGUGUUUUCUGUAACUCCCAUCAUAAUUUUCUCCAUAAUUUUACCAGGCACUGAAGUAGACUGAAAGGCUUGCAGUUAUCACUGUCUUCCUUCUUGCCCUUCUCUAUUCUCUGAUGCCAUCAGUGAUGUCACCUCCCUCCAACUGUGAUGCAGGCAGGCACUCUGGCAACUGACAAUCCACUCUGCAGUGAGCCAGCCUCAGACGUUUGAUGAUCUCCAGUUUAGCAGCAAAGUACAAGGAUCUUUGCCCUGUUGUCAUUGACACAGGGAUGGGCCACACCAGGAGCGGGCUGGCCGGGGAUGAGAGGCCACGAUCAGUGGUGCCCAGCCAGGGCAAGGAUGGCUCCAUUGUCACUCAUGGUGUGGUCACUGACUGGGACAGGCUGGAAGAACUGUGGUAUCACAUAUUCUACCACGAUCUGGCUGUGUGCCCCGAGGAGCUGGCUGUGCUGGCCACUGAUGCCCCACUGUCUCCUAUCAUCAACCGUGAGAAGGUGGCCGAGCUCCUCUUUGAGCGCUUUGGUGUGCCAGCCAUGCUUGUGAUGCCCCGCUCUGUGCUCGUUGCCUACUCCUAUGGCUGUACCACUGGUGUGGUGCUGGGCUCUGGCGCCGGCACAUCUUAUGCGGUGGCAGUACAGGAUGGCUACGUGCUGCCCCAUGCCUCCUUCCGCCUGGACUUGGCUGGGAACGAUCUCACUGUCUACCUGGGCCAGAUGCUGGCAGCCCACAGAGUGCAAUUGCCAGCAGAGACACUCCAGCACCUGAAGGAGACACGCUGCUGUUGCCACCCACCUGGUACCCACUCCAAGCCCAUGGGGCCACUCCUUCAGGAUGAGUACUCCCUCUGUGCUGAGGCCCUCUUCACCCCUGAGGCCGUGGGGCUGUCAGGCCCGGGACUACUAGAGAUGGCAGCCUGUUCCCUGCACCUCAGUGGAGCCCAAUCUGGCAACCCCCCACUGCUGCUGGCUGGAGGCACCACACUGCUGUGUGGCUUUGCUCAGCGUGUGGCUCAGGGCCUGGGCAGCGGGCAUCCUGCUGCUGCCCCCAGCCGCCAUGUUGCUGCCUGGCUAGGAGGUUCCAUUGCUGCUUCCCUUGAUGCCUUCCAGGACUCAUGGCUUCCACGGGAUAUCUACAUUGAGAGUGGCCCCAGUGCUGUGCACCAGCAUUGCUUCUGACCCUGCUAGAAUGCUGCAGGAGGUAGCAUGCAACUACAUCUGCUUGAAAAUUUUUAUU